UUUGGACAAAUCUCAGGCUCGAACUCCUGUCAAUUCGUUAAUUUUGUUCUUCAAUUUUAUCAAGGGAGAUUGGCGACGGCUCAAUUGAUAUGUACUGCGGUUUCGAGCCCUAAAUUAAUUUUUUGGGACGAUAAGUUUAAGAGGGGAAACAGUACAUUUUAACUGCAAUUAUAAAGAGCAUAAAUUGAUGCUCGAAUCCUAGUUUCCGACGAGCUUGCCGGAUUCCACCGUUGUUGACUCGAUCCAUGUAAAGGGUUGCAAUGCAUCUGAUCCGAAGAUUUUGAGUUCUUGUUCGAGUGAAUUCAGGUUCAUAGGUAGACAAUGGCGUGGUUGGGAAAAGUGUCUUUGGGGGGCUUCCCGGAUCUGGCCGGGGCAGUGAAUAAGCUAAGUGAGAGCGUGAAGAAUAUAGAGAAGAAUUUCGAUAGUGCUCUUGGUUUUGAGGAGAAGACUGAUGUUGGGGAAGCUUCAGGAUUAUGGCCUUCAGCGACAGAUAGGAAAGCAUUGUUUGAACCAGUUAUGGCCUUCAUGGGACAUAAAGGUGGAGAAGAUGAUGUUGAAUCCUCAGACAAAAUUGACUCUUCAGAGCAUUCAUCUCCAGUUCAAGAACAAGGAGGGAUAAAGACUGACAUGGUUCCGGCGUCUGUCAUUGAGAAAAUUACUCCCACUGAAAAAGAGAUUGACAUGGAACUGCCAUCUGUCACUGAGAAAAUUUCUGCCAAUGAAAAGUCAAGUGAAAAUUUAAAGGGGAAGGUGGAAGAUGGGCACCUUCCGAGUGAAGAAGGGGUAUCAAAUGUAGUUGCUGUUUUUGGGGAAGGUGAAGCUGAUUCACAGCCAUUACCAAUCAAAAUGGAUGAAACUGCCAUUGAGAAUGUUAAUAAAAUGAAUGUUGAGGUAAAGGAUUCGUUUAACUCUAUUCAACAGAAAGAGAGCUCAGAAGCGGGGUAUGGUGAAGAGACAUUGCCAGUGGAAACCAGCUUAAGCACAGAAGAAGUAAAACAGGUUGAGAAUGACGUUGCCUCUGUGCCGGAUGAGUUUUAUUCCAUCAGUAAUUCACAUGAUAACAAGGAUGAACAAAAAAUGGCAGAAGACAGUGUUGAGGAAGGUUCUUUUGCCCAAGUUGAGACUUCAGAAGAUAGACUGGAUAUGGUGGAGGCUCCAACCCAAGUUCCAAGUUCUACUAGUACUGAGAAGGCUGAAAGUUCCAGUGAAAUCUUUAACUCUCCUGAUGCAGUUCAUUCAUAUCAAGCUGAAAAUCUUGUGGCUGAAGCUGUCUCUCAUGAUAGUGAUUUGCCUAUUAACGCAUUUGAAGCAUACCAGCGAACCAGUGAUUUUGAGUCUGACACAAAAGAGCAACGCUUAAGCUCAGGAACUAAUCUGACAGACUCUGCAGAUUCCAUGGUUGAAAUGGAGAAAGUGAAGAUGGAAAUGAAAAUGAUGGAAGCAGCAUUACAAGGAGCUGCUAGGCAAGCUCAGGCCAAAGCUGAUGAGAUUUCAAAGCUGAUGACUGAAAAUGAGGAUCUGAAGGCUGUAAUUGAGGAUCUGAAGGGAAAAUCCAAUGAAUCAGAGAUUGAGUCACUCAGAGCGGAAUAUCAUCAAAGGGUGGCAGCUCUGGAAAGAAAGGUUUAUACUCUUACAAAGGAAAGGGAUACCCUGAGGAGAGAGCAGAAUAAGAGAAGUGAUGCUUCCGCCCUUUUGAAAGAAAAAGAUGAAAUAAUCGCUCAAGUUAUGGCUGAAGGUGAAGAGCUUUCUAAAAAGCAAGCGGCUCAAGAAUCACAAAUCAGGAAAUUAAGGGCACAGAUCAGAGAGUUUGAAGAAGAAAAGAAAGGUUUGAUUACCAAACUUCAGGUAGAGGAGAGCAAAGUAGAGAGUAUAAAGAGAGAUAAAGCUGCAACUGAGAAGUUACUACAAGAAACAAUUGAAAAAAACCAAGCAGAACUUGCAGCUCAAAAGGAAUAUUUCACUAAUGCACUGAAUGCAGCCAAGGAGGCUGAAGCACUAGCAGAAGCACGAGUCAAUAAUGAAGCUCGGACAGAACUAGAGUCUCGUCUGAGAGAAGCUGAAGAACGUGAAGUUACUCUAGUUCAAACACUCGAAGAAUUAAGACAAACUCUUAGUCGGAAGGAGCAGCAGGCAGUUUUCAGAGAAGAAAUGCUUCGGAGAGACAUUGAGGAUCUUCAAAAGCGAUAUCAAGAAAGUGAGCGUCGUUGUGAGGAGUUGAUUACACAAGUUCCUGAGUCGACUAGGCCCCUUUUGAGACAAAUUGAAGCUAUGCAGGAGACAAAUGCCAGAAGGGCUGAAGCCUGGGCUGCUGUUGAGAGAUCCCUGAAUUCUCGGCUGCAGGAGGCGGAAGCCAAAGCUGCAGCUGCUGAGGAAAAUGAGCGGUCCAUGAAUGAACGGCUAUCACAAACUUUAUCUCGCAUAAAUGUCCUUGAAGCUCAGAUCUCAUGUCUUAGGACAGAGCAAACACAGCUAAGUCGCUCCCUUGAAAAGGAGAGGCAGAGAGCUUCUGAGAAUAGGCAGGAGUACCUUGCAGCAAAGGAGGAUGCUGAUACUCAUGAAGGCCGUGCCAGCCAACUUGAAGAAGAGCUCAGGGAUCUCAGAAAGAAACAUAAGCAAGAGUUGCAGGAUGCAAUAGCACACAGAGAACUCUUACACCGGGAGCUAGAACGGGAGAAGAAUGCUAGGUUGGAGUUGGAAAGAACUACUCGUCGUGAAACUUCUUCCAUAUCUGAUCAAGCUGCAACACCAAAGCAGUUGAAUCUUUAUGCUGAAAAUGGAAAUGUGUCCAUCAGGAAACUUUCUAGUGCUGGAAGCCUAAGCAGCAUGGAGGAAAGCUUUUUCUUGCAAACAUCUUUGGACUCAUCUGGCAGUUUAUCUGAGAGGAGGCAUCCUUUUGAGACAACCAUGACUCGGUACUAUUUGAAGAGCAUGACUCCAAGUACCUUUGAAGCCGCACUACGUCAGAAGGAUGGGGAACUUGCAUCAUACAUGUCCCGUUUGGCGUCCUUGGAAUCCAUCCGUGAUUCUCUUGCCGAAGAAUUAGUUAAAAUGACUGCCCAGUGUGAACAACUGCGGACAGAAGCAGCUGCAUUGCCUGGUUUACAGGCAGAGCUAGAAGCACUAAAACUGAGGCACUAUUCAGCACUGGAGCUAAUGGGUGAACGUGAUGAAGAGCUGGAAGAACUCCGAGCCGAUAUUGUAGACUUGAAAGAGAUGUAUAGAGAGCAAGUAAACUUGCUUGUGAACAAGAUUGAGAUUUUGGGUUCCAGUGGUGCCUCUUGAUCAUCUGGUUUGGUUUUGGCUCUUCAGUCUGGUCCUAUUUGCAAUGUCGUGUUAGGGAUAUUUGACUGAUCUGUUUAGUUGCUUGAAUAUUCCUUCUAUGUGCAUCCUUCUCGAUGUUGGUUUGUAAUGUUUCAGCUGGAGAUGCAUACACAGGCUCAUGUCCUUGGGAAUACUGCCAAGUUUCCAUCCUAAACUGUGGCUUAUUGAGUAAUUGGUGUAUAUCAUUUCGGGUAAUUGAUGAUAUUGAAAUUAACAUGUUAUAAUGAAAACUAUAGCUGGCUGGCAAAGUCAAGUUUCUGAAGAGUAAUUUAACUCCUCAGCUGAGGAGGCAAUUUGUAUUCUUUACAAGGCAGUUUUUAUCAAGUUUCUGAAGAGUAAUUUAACUCUUCAGUUGCUCUGUUCCAUGUAGGCCUGAUUUAAUAAAGCUAAAGUUCUUGAAUUGCUGCU